AUGAGCAGCGUUCGCCUCCCUCAACCCACUUCUCUUCCCACCCGAACCCCCGCCAUUGCUCCUCCCACCACCACCCAGCCGAGCUCUCCACCUCUCCUCCUCAAAACCCUAACCCAUGGCCAACGCCGAACCCACUGGGCCUCGACAAUCCGUCACCAUUUCCGUAACAAUGACCACCGCAGUUGCAUCGCUUCCUACCACCAUAUGCUCGACGAGAACAUCGCGCCGAACCCCAAAACCCUAGCCCUCGUUCUCAAAGCUUGCGCCUCUUUACGUGACCUCAGAGCCCUGAGACUCCUACACAACGACGCCCUGCGCUUUAAAUUCGACUCUAAUGCUCCUGUGGCCGCAGCGCUUCUUGAUGGGUACUUCGCGUGCGGGUCGCCUGCGUUGGCCCACCAACUGUUCGAUAGAAUGCUUCACAGAGAUGUCGUUUCUUGGACCGUCGUUAUUUCACGCAGUUACAAAGAUGGGCUCUUUGAUAAGGCGGUGCGCUGCUUUAAGGCAAUGGUGGAAGAGGGCGUGGCUCCGGAUGAGGUCGCGCUGAUUAGCAUAUUGUCGGCGGUGACUUGUUCGGGUUGGUUGUGUUACGGUCAUGAAGUCCAUGCGUAUUUGAUUCGGAAUUGCUUCAAAUAUGGCAAAGCUCUGGCCACUAACAUCGUAAACAUGUAUUGUAAGCUUGGGAGAAUCAAGUACGCCGACAGGAUUGUGCAAACGGAUGCUCGGGACGAUGUAGGAGCAUGGACUGCGCUCAUGGCGGGCUAUAUUGCGUCGAGCGACUUGUACCCUGCAUUGCUUGUAUAUCAGAAGAUGACAAAUUUGGGAAUUGAGCCUUCGGAAAAAACCAUCAGUUGUGCUCUAAGAGCUGUUUCCCAUCUGGGUUCCCUUUCUCUUGGGUGUCAGAUACAUGGUUUCGUAGUAAAGCAACAGUUUGAAUUAGACAAUCACAUAGUAAGCAGUUUAAUUGACAUGUACAGUGUGUGCGGGGCUCCCGCUCGGUUGUGUCGCCAGAUGUUCGAUGAAAUGCCCAUGAGAGAUGUGGUUUCAUGGACUACCAUGAUAUUGGCCUAUAGCCGGUCCGGAGAGGGACAUGCUGCAGUUCAAUUAUUCAAUGAAAUGCGAAUGUCCGGCGUUCCACCUGACUCUGUUGCAUUCAUUGCUGUUCUCUCCGGUUGUAGCUCAUCGGGCUUGCUAUGUGAAGGAUUUAUGCUCUUCAAUUCGAUGGUUCUAGAUUACGGAAUAGAACCGACGGAGGAACACUUUGCUUGCCUGAGAAACUUGAUAACCAAGGAUGGGAAGUUAAAAGAAGCAUAUGAAGCAAUUGAAGAAAUGGGCAUUAAAGAUAAGAGCAGCAUUUGGCAAGCUUUCUUAGGGGCUUGCAGACUUCAUGGAAAUGUGAGUUUUCGCGAAAUUGCUGAAAGAAAACUGCUGAAUAUGGAUCAAGGUGAUGGUUCAGCAUGA